CAUUUCAUGUUUUUUUCAAAACACGUUCUCGUUCUUCUACAUGGAAAAGUUUUACAAUUGUUUUGAGAAACAAAAUAUUCUUUUAAGCUAAAAUUUAAUCUACAAAUUAAACAUGGGAAAAUUAAAUGUUUCGUUGCUUCGUUAUUUAUCUGCUGAAGAUUUUCGAGUUUUAACCGCAGUUGAAAUGGGUAUGAAAAAUCACGAGCUUGUUCCAGGGCCUUUAGCAGCAGCCAUAGCAAAUCUAAAAUCGGGUGGUGCUCAUAAAAUUAUGAAGGAAUUAUGCAAGCAGAAGCUAUUGAGCUACGAACGUGGAAAAAAAUAUGAUGGAUACCGUUUAACAAAUUCAGGCUAUGAUUAUUUGGCAUUAAACUCUUUAACUUUGCGAGGAUCUGUAACCUCAUUUGGCAACCAAAUUGGAGUCGGCAAAGAGUCUAAUAUUUAUACUGUGGCUGACGAUGAUGGUACUAUGUUAUGUUUAAAACUUCAUCGACUAGGUAGAACAUGUUUCCGCAAUAUUAAAUCAAAAAGAGAUUACCAUGGCAAAAGACAUAAAGCUUCAUGGAUCUAUUUAUCGAGAAUAUCGGCUACUAGGGAAUUUGCUUAUAUGACAGCACUCCAUCAAAGAGGCUUCCCAGUUCCGAAGCCUAUAGAUUUCAAUAGACACUGUGUAAUAAUGGAAUUGGUAAACGGUUUCCCUUUAACUCAAGUUUAUGAACUUGGUAACGUCCCCGAACUUUAUGAUGAAUUGAUGAAUUUGGUUGUAAGACUAGGAAAUUGCGGCGUUAUUCAUGGUGAUUUUAAUGAAUUUAAUUUAAUGAUUACUGAAGACGGAAAAGCUAUUUUAAUUGAUUUUCCACAAAUGAUGUCUGUUUCUCAUCCAAACGCUGAAUUCUAUUUCAAUAGAGAUGUAAAUUGUGUGCGAGAACUAUUUCGCCGUAAGUUCAAUUACGAGAGUGAAGAUUACCCCAAAUUUUCAGAUUUGCAGAGAGAUGAUGAUCUUGAUGCUGAAGUCCGUUGUACAGGUUUGACCAAAGAAAUGGCAAAAGAUCUGUUAAAAGAAUAUGGAGUAGCAGAUUCGGACGAUGAAGAUGAUUCAGAUGAAAAAAUCUCAAAUAACGAAAAAGACGGUUCGAUUACUGAAGAGCAAUUAAAUGAAUACAGAAAUCAAUUAGACAAUGAAGUAACAUUUUCUCAACAAACCAAAUCAAGCGAUGCAAUAAGAAGGUAUAUAGAAUCAUGUAAUGAAUAUUUAAGCAAAAUGACUAUUGAGGAUAAUUUGAUGGAACGAAAUGCUGAAAGGGAUAGUUUAGCAGAGUCAAGUCAAAUAGAACUAGAAAGUACACUUGUUUCUGAUUUUAAAAAUGUAAAUGAAGAAGUUUCUACCUCAAACGAUCUAAACGAUCGCGUUUUCAGCACUGAUAUAAAAACUGAAGAGAGUAAUAUAGAACCCAAUUCAAGACUUCAUCGUCUAAAAAUGGUCGAAAAAUUGCUUUCGGAUGUUCGAAGUCAAAGGUCUUACUCAACAACAGCAAGUACAAUAGCACCAAGUGUCAUCAAAGACCGCAUUAAAAAAAAUAUGGGUGCUAAGGAGAAAAUUGAAUUACGUAAGAAAUGUGUAGCUAAAGGGGAAGCAAGUGCGGUACAUCGCCACAGAAAAGAGAAUAAAGAUAUUGUUAAAGAAUAUCAAGGUUGGGAAUUUUGAAAAUAUUUAAAUGUUUAAACUAAAUGUCUUUCUUGCAUGUAAAUAUAAACAAAUAUAUAAGAUAUGAACACCCGCAUAUACCAUUAAAUAUGUAAUACAUGUACAUAU